AUGGCCAGCCAGGCUCUACGUCUAACAGAAGGGUCUGGCAGGGCAACAUCAUUGCCGUCCCCAACUCACACACAUUCUUUUGUCGAUGACAAAAUUAUAUUCCGUCCCAGUGAUGGUGGUGGUGGCGGAAAUUUGGCACCUCCACCUAGCCUUGGUGAUUUUAAACCUACGCCAACCACAAAUAUCGGACAGGACACACCGACCCAGGCGCCAAAGCCUACCCCCGCUCCUGCACCACCUUCACCAUCUCCCUUGACCUUUCGUCCUCCUGCACAACCUGUAGAUGGAGGACCACCCUCCACGCCUGAACAGGAAUCACCUCAUCCUAUUCCACAUUCUGGUAGCUCGGCUACACCUGAGGAGGGUCCCCACGACUCUCCAGAUUCAACGUCGAACUCUGAUACCAAUGCCUCAUCUCAACAAUCGCAGAAUAAAGGCUCGUUCCCCGUGACAGAUAUACCAGUGCCGCCAGAGUUUACAGGAACUCUCCCAUUAUCUGCACAGGAAACAGUGGUCGUUGUGUCCAUCUGCCAGGGCACCGACUCGUGCAUCACUGCCGGCGGGAAAACCUUCAGCGUGCUUCCGAAUCAGGCGUUUAGCAUACCUUCCAGUAUAACACCAACUUCCGUUCUUGUUGAAAGUCAGCCGAUGUCAUCAAUUACCUUCGAUCCUCUAGCGGCCUUCAGCCCAAGUGCGUUUCCACAGAAUAUGCAACGUGAAGUACAGAGUCCAUUUGGUCAAGAGCCCUUGACAAUAAUUUUACUGUCAACCACUCUUUACUUCGUUUUAUCAAUGGUUUCUAUUGCGGGUGCAUUCUCCAUUCUACGGCGAAGAAGACGAAGAUCCCAUAUUUCUAUACGACUUAACGAUGGUCUUCAAGACAUUCAAACGCCGAGAUUUAUUGACGGGGCCCACGUUGACUCAUUCCGCGUUCCAGAUAUUCUACGUCACUAA